AUGCUCCUCCCUGAGAAAACAAUAGCCAUUCUACUCAUCUUAAUCAUCAGUAAUGGAAGUAGUCGUCCCGUUAAAGAGAAAGCCGAUCUUGUCUCCGACGGCAUGGAUCGAACAAAGGAACCUUGGCUUCUCGUACUUCAUCUUCGUACGACAACGGUGACCUGUGAGCCGACUUACGGCUUCUUACCUUGCACAACAAAGCCAUGGGGGCAACUAUUCCUUUUGGUGGUUUAUGAGUAUCUGUUAUCCCUCUCGCAACACUUUAUUUCCAGCGGCUCUAAUCUCUUCUUUCAAAUGUUCGUAACUGGUAUUUUUGGUGCCAGUUUGUUCAACGUUCUCGGCUUCUUCCCACAAGUUAUCUUGGUUCUAGUUCAUGGAGUUUCAACAAGUGAAGAAACUGCUCAAACAAAGGAAACAAUCUCCAUGGCAAUACUCGCAGGAUCAACCAUUAUGAUGCUUACAUUAAUCUGGCCUUCUGUCAUUGACUUUGACAGCUAUGAUAUUUCAAACAACCACCCCUUCAGUUUAACUGGUUAUGGUGUGAGAACCGAUGCGGAAACUAAGUACAGUGCAAUGAUCAUGCUUCUCUCCAUGAUUCCAUUUCUGAUUCUUCAGCUGGCGAAAAUUCUAAGUUCUGCAAAGCGUGCCAUUGUCCUGAUUUCUCUUCUCACUUCGUUUGCUUUGCUAGCCGGUUACUGCACUUGUCAGGUGUUUGAGCCGUGGAUUCAGAAUAGGAGACUUGAAUAUUUGAUGCGUAAAUAUAUUGAGAAGAACUUGUUGGGUAGACUUGCUUAUCCUAAUGGAAGGCCAGAUGAACGCCAAAUUAAAAGGUUAAGUCUCCUUCAUGUUUUUAUCUCU